AUGCUGACACCAGUCAACCUGCGCAAUCGCAGCCAUGCGGCACAAGAGAAGGUCAAGCUCCGGGUGACACAACCAUCCAGCUGGCGGCUUCCCAAACAGAACAGUAGCAUCGCACCACCUGAUGUAUGGACUAACGCGGACAUGGAGCCAGUGCCUCCAGAAAAACGCACGUGGGGAAAAAGUGCCUUUGUAACAUACUGGUUCAGUGACCUUGUCACGAUAUCAACCUGGAGCUCAGGAUCUGCCAUUUUCACCUUGGGUUUGACGGCGACUGACGCUGUGCUUAUAACGCUUGUGGCGGGCAUAUGCAACGCCCUGCCGACAGUGCUCAAUGGCGCCAUCGGCUCGAAUCUACAUAUCCCAUUUCCUAUCGCAUCUCGUGCUAGCUUCGGAUACUGGUUCAGCUACUUUGCCGUCGUGAGUAGAGGUAUCCUAGCCAUGUUUUGGUUCGGCGUACAAACCGCCAAUGGAGGUACAUGUGUCACUGCGAUAUUGAAUGCUAUCUGGCCAAGCUUCCGGGAUGUUCCAAAUCACCUGCCCGCAUCUGUUGGUCUUACCACAGCUGGGAUGAUAUCAUACUUCUUGUAUUGGCUCAUCCAGUUUCCGUUUCUUCUCAUUCCAACACAUAGGCUACAAUACAUGUUCUGGGUAAAGACUGUAUUGUUGCCGCCGGUGGCUAUUGGAAUGACUGUGUGGGUUGCUGUCAAAGCAGGUGGCAAUGGGACCUUUUUCACGCGUCCGGCUUCAGUAUAUGGUGCUGAGAGAGCUUGGCUCUGGCUAUCAAGCAUGACUAGCAUCACUGGUGGAUACAGCACUCUCGCUGUCAACAUCUCUGACUUCUCACGCUUCAGCAAAGAUCCUAAAGCACAAUACUGGCAAAUGCCGGUGAUUCCGUUCUUCAAGACCAUGGUCGCUCUUAUGGGGAUUGUCUCCGCAUCGGCAGCCCAGGAAAUCUGGGGCACGGCUUAUUGGACACCACUGCAAAUCAUCGAUACCUGGAUGGACACUUCUGGUGGUCGUGCAGCAGCUUUUUUCUGCGCUUCGAUCUGGUUACUCGGCCAACUCAGCGUUAACAUUAGUGCAAAUGCCGUUUCUUUUGCUAACGAUGUCACGACACUCGCACCAAAGUACAUCAACGUGCGCCGCGGCUCCGUUCUUGUGGCUUUCGUUGGUGGCUGGGCGCUAUGCCCUUGGAUUAUCGUGGCUUCUGGAAAAGCGUUCCUGAACUUCAUGAGCGCAUACGCCAUCUUCAUGGCGCCUAUGGCAGGUAUCCUGUUCACCGACUACUGGUUAGUCAAGCACAGAAGGUACGACGUGCCCGCUUUGUAUGAUCCACGAGGUAUCUACCGAUAUGGUCCCUAUGGUACAAACUGGCGCGCUGUGGUUGCCACAUUCGUCACCAUCAUCCCUCUACUACCAGGAUUGGCCAACAAAGUGAACCCGAAUUUGAAGCUUUCAGCUGGCUUACAGAAUCUCUUCACGUUCAAUUGGCUUUAUGGGUUCUUUUUGUCCAUAUUCUUGUACUACUUUUGCAACCUGUUCUUCCCAGCUGAGGAGACACUCAUUCCACGAAUUAUAACCGGCUUUGAGUAUUUGGAAGGGGUUGAGGUUGAUACUGAGGCAGUAAGUCCAUCACUCGACGGGAAAGCUGGUGGCUCUAAGGUUGAAGCUGGGACACACGCGUCUCCUCGAUCUUCGAGUCAAGUCCAAGACAGAUAG